GGGUUUUGCUUUCACUGGCUCGCAAGUUUGACCGAUAGUCGAUUCUGGAGCUGUCUCGUUAUGAGGAUUUAAAUAUACUUGUGAUCUGAACACUCUCGUAGCAUACUUAAACCCACCCUGGCAAAAGCAUAUUGGAACAUGUAUGAAACGCGUUUCAAAAGCACUUCCCGGAAUUGAGGACAAGGUAUUGCCAUUUGAUUUUCAGUGUACAUGCAGAUGCUUCAGACCCUGCAUUAGCAUCGUGUCAGCGCUCCCUGUUCAGCUCUGAUAACAGUUCGGGAGCGUGUUAGCGCAACUCUGGAAGACUGGAAGGCUUUGCCUUAGGGGUGACCCGCCUCCACUCGUGGCUGGGCCACGCAGUGUUGGACGACGCCCAAGCGCGCAACAGCACAGCAUUCCAGCGGGUUGCAACAGAUUUUAUGAUGGAGGCAGAUCCGGAGCACCCAGGCGGCUUCCUGGCCCCAUCUGGCGGCUUCAAGGGUCUCAUCCACAACGGGCCGUGCAUCGCAGCGGUGGCGGCGUUUGUGAUAGCGCAGGUGCUCAAGGUGUUCACCUACUGGUACAGCGAGCGCAGAUGGGACGCCACUCGCUUGAUUGGCUCCGGGGGCAUGCCCUCCUCCCACACCGGCUGCGUGGUGGCGCUCACAACUGCAAUCGGGGUGCUCAAUGGCACCAGUUCUGAGGCGUUCGCGGUUGGCCUCGUCUUCUCCCUAGUGGUGAUGUACGAUGCAUCGGGGGUGCGGCUGCAUGCGGGCAGGCAGGCGAGCGUGCUCAACAUGAUCAUCACAGAGCUGCCGCCAGACCACCCGGUGUCAGACACCCGGCCGCUCAGAGACACCCUGGGGCACACCCCCCUGCAGGUGGCUGUUGGGGCAAUGCUUGGGAUGGUUGUGGGGUACAUCGUUGGUGUCACCUACCUAUGAUCAGGGACUCAUAGUUUCUCCUGCAAGCACUUAGCAAUAUGCAGUCGUCCUUUACCUGAUAGUAAGUGCCAUUGUUCAGCACUGUUGGAAAAUGGAUCUGGCCUGGGUAGUGUACAAUCAUAGCUGCUGAUAUGGGUUGUUUUUGGAGGGUUCAGGGAAACACUGUCAGACAAUCAUAUACUUUGGCAUGAAAAUUAUUCUAGUGGCACAUGACAUUUCAUGAAGGGCACAGUGCUCCAGCCCGUGAUGUCAACAGCAGUUCAGAAUUGUCGAAAGUACCAUAAUGAUGCUGUGCAUCUCAGUGUGCUUGUAAGCUCCUUGAUGGAUUU